AAAGGUAGCCGUGGUAGCAAUAGAAUGUGCCCUGGAUUCUUUGAGCUAUCAAGUCUUCCAUCUUCCUCCCCUCUCCUUUUCGAAUAUACACAGAAAAGAAUGACUGGACUGUACGAAACCUCCUUCUACCAAACCACAAACACGCAGUUCACUCCAUCCGCACGCCGGGCCUCUUUACCCACCCCGCCCUACCACGUCGCCAUGCUCUCGUGCGACAAACUCAGCCAAGAAGCAGAGAACAAAGAACCCGACCUCCGCCGCUGUAUAGGCCACGGCCGCCUCAUGAACCUGACCGUCGGAUUGGCCCACGAGGACGCCAAAAACGCCCUCACGUCAACCUAUAUCGACGAGAUAGAUCCCGAGAAAGAAGCAGAUCUGGAUGAUACGCCUUUGGUUACGACUUCCGCCUACCCCAAGAGGAACUUCUUUUCCGCUUUGCGACAGUAUAUUCGGAGAUUCUUCAGAUCGCUAGUCAAGCAUCGCCGGAGUGGUCGGAGUGGUCGGAGUGCCCACUAUUAGGUGGAGGGGAGGAUCUUGGAUUGUUCGCGUUUUGGCUCGACCGGGUCUUCCUGAGGGGAACUGGUUUCCUUCUCAUUCUGUUUCUCUAUUUCUCUCUUUUCUUUUUAUUUGUUGCGGUCUUUACGGCGUCUAGCGGGGGUUAUGCUAUUCUGGAAGUGUGCCAUUCUUUUUCUUCGGGAACGGAUUGGCAAGGAACCAAACUAUACCUAGACUGCAACCGCGUCAUCCGGAUGGUUCCUGGACAGCACUUUGACUGAGAC